UUGCUCCUGGGUACUUAUUAAAUUUCUGUUUUGCAGAAACCGAGCAGGCAGACUUAUCUGUGCAGACAGCUCAUCUAUCCUCAGUGGAAGAACAAAGAGAGAGUGAAAAUGACACCUUAAGCGAAUCACAAGCCCCAGGCAGCCAGCAAGCUCAAUGUGCUGUGCAGUCAUUUCAGUCAGCACACCAGCCUAGGGCAUCAUUUCUGCAGCCACGUCGUGAAAGCCCAUUACAGUGGUCCAUCUCCAGUGCCCAAGGAGGCUGGCGGAGAGCACCAGCUUCACAGUCUCGUUCAGACUCACCACUUUGUAUGGCACCAAGCUCCCAAGGAAGCCUUCCAGGAAUACCAUUCCCAGAGUUGCAUUUAGACUCUCCACGAUGGAUUGCACAACAUUCACAAGAAAGUUGUCUAGGAGUACAAGUACCAGCCGUACAGACAUAUCCUGGAACUGGACAUGCAGAAUUCGCCACGCAGUCUUGUCACCUAGAACUGCCAUGGUGGCCUGCUUCUAGUUCUCAAGGUGAAGCACCCAGCCAUUCUCAGAGUGGUUUCUCCGUUCAAGAAGAACAAACUGACCAAAGUCUGUUGGCUUCAAUCAGGAAGGAGAGCUCAUGUAAGCACAUUUUGGUAAAUUUUAUUUUGCAUAUAGUUUGCUCAUCAACAAAGGUAUUACACAGGUAUUGCAGUUAAGGAAUUUAGUUAUAACAAUUGAUUUGGUAAAUGAGAAAU